AUGGCUCAAGAUGUGCCUCGUUGCCAUAAAGCUAUGAUCCCGAUCUAUGACACCUGCCUUUUUCAACAAGAAGCAAUGCAUCAUGUUGUCAACUUCCUGACUAAGGAGGAUGAUGAUAUUCUGGGAAUUGUGGGGGACGAUGCAGGAGCGACCAUUGUCUUUGCCAGUACCUCAAUUCAUGUUCAGCAUAGCGUUUGGAGAGAGCCUCUUAUUUUCCUGGGUUACUUUGCAUCCACGAGAAUCCCCCCGAUUGGUGCCUCAGAUUUAUGCCUCGACAACCCCACAGUAUACAAGUACACUGUACUCGUUCAAUCUACCAAGCUGAUCCUCUCUACCGCAUUCUCCGGCCCUGUUCUAACCAAUAACACGCUCAAGGACACUUUCACCCAACCAAUCAAAAAAUCCGGAUUCCUCACAACCAUGGACUGGUUACGAAGUUCAGGUAUCAACCUUAGCAGUUCCUGA